AUGAGCCAGAAUCUCAGCAAAGAGAAAUUUAAAAAGGCUAUGUUAAUAUCUCGUUUACUGCUUACCUUGACUAGCACUCCUCCCACCGACGUCCGAACAAUGACACGCUACGAUAACUGGUUCGUCCGAUUCUGGAGGAAGGUUUACAACCCCCUCGGCUUCAAGAAAGGCUACAACUUCCCUCUUUUCUUUAUCUUUGGCGGCGCCAUGCUCGGCUUCUCACUCGCCAGAAUCUCCUACCUUAACAUCAGCGGUGACGCCCCUUCCUCUUUCAAAACCGGUGCGGUCACUGGGGAAUGGUUCUGGUACCAGUCAGGAAUCCACCGCGUUGGAAUUACCCUCCAUCUCACUACCAUUGUCCCUGCUGGCGUCCUCAUGGUGUUCCAAUUUGUCCCCAUUAUCCGCUACAAAGCCAUUCUCUUCCACCGCAUCAACGGCUACCUAAUUAUUAUCCUCGCAACACUUGGUAACAUCGGAGCUAUCAUGAUAGCCCGUCGCGCGUUCGGUGGAACUCUCGCUACGCAAUCCGCUGUUGGUUACCUCGUCAUUGCUACCACGAUCUUUAUGGCACUAGCAUACUACAAUAUCAAGCGGUUGCAGAUCGACCAGCACCGCGCGUGGAUGUUACGGGCCAUGUUCGCGCUCGGCACAAUCAUCACCCUACGCAUUAUCAUGGCUCUCGCUUCAGGAAUCAUCUCAUCCAUCGGCUCCUACUCCACCGUCAUAAACUGUGGGGAGAUAGAAUUCAUAUACGCCAACUCCCCUGCUGCAUUACAGAGCAGGUACCCAACAUGUGUGGGCGGUAAUAACACGGAUGUGGUCGUGAAGGCAGAUAUCAAUAGUCCCUUUGGGGAAGAACAGAAGGCGAGUAUGGUGCUGACGUUUGGUAUGGCGUGGUGGGUUGCUAUUGCGAUGCAUGCUGUGGGAGUGGAGGUUUAUCUGAGGUUGACGGCGGCGGAGGGGGAGAGGUUGAGGGGGGUUAGUUGUGAGAUGCAGAGGAAGGCGGGGAUGAGGAGUCCGGGGAGUGCGGGAUUGACGGGGGAUCGGUUGGGGGAUGUUGGGAAGUGGGAGGCUCCGAGAGAGACGGCGUGA